AUGGAUGAGCUACCUUCCCGGAACUGGUGUCUGAGCUGCCUUCAUAUUAGUAUUGCGAAUUAUGACCCUCAGCAAGACGAGCCAUUUCAAAUCUACUGUGCUGUCAACGAAGACACCAAUGACCCGUCUUGUGGACAGUGUGCUGAUCGAAAACUUACCUGCGAACCGCCCUCCUUGGGAAUGUUGGGUGACGUCUACGACUUGGGCGCUAUCCUAGAGUGGACUGCUGGGUUUUGGUCUCGUUGCGGAAACUUGUACUGGAAUUCGACCUUUCGCCUUGCUGUUUGUGAAGCCACCAAGGAGCUCUGCCUUAGGUUUGAACAUGCCGAAAUGAGCCACCGCCGCUACCAUAUGUUGACUGCCAUUGAUUGGGAGGAUCCAAGCGAAGAGCAAGAUGCUGAUAUUGAUAACUACCGAAGAUUCCUUGUUGAGCGUCGCGCCUCGCUACAUCAUUUGACAACCCCCCUCAACGGCAUAAUUAAUCGUCAGGACUGGCUUACUUACAACCCAGAGAGACUGUUGCGCCUUUGGAGAGGAGAUCCUGGUUUCUUGGAGUGGUCGGAGGCAAAGACAGAGUUCCUUGAUCGUAUCCAGCGGGAAUCCAUCUCACUCUACGGCUGUGAGGUAUCUUAUCAUGGAAGGCAAAGACUGUCUUUUAUUGAGGGCAGCUUCCCUGUGAAUCUACAGUAG